GGUCGAGAUCCUGUCGAAAUCCUCCAGACCGCAAUUCCUAAUUUAUUCUUGAAUCAGAGAUUAUACAUAAGUUGAAUAAUAGAUGGGUCCAUAAAACUAAACGGGUUCAUCGGACCAGUUCUUCGCUGUCAGAGGAUCCGUGCUCGUCGAGGUCGCCAUGGGGAUAAAGGGUUUGACGAAGCUCCUUGCUGACCACGCUCCCAAAGCUAUCAAGGAACAGAAGUUUGAGAAUUAUUUCGGCCAGAAGAUUGCAAUCGACGCCAGCAUGAGUAUCUACCAGUUCCUUAUCGUUGCCAGAAGAACUGGCAUGGAAACUCUCACUAACCAGAAUGGCAAAAUUACAAGCCAUCUGCAAUGGAUACUCAAUCGAACUAUCAGAUUUUUAGAAGCAGGUAUCAAGCCAGUAUAUGUAUUUGAUGGUCAGCCUCCAGAGCUGAAGAAACAAGGACUUGCUAAAAGAUAUUCAAAGAGGGAAGAUGCAACUAAGGAUUUGAACACAACUGUUGAGACUGGUGAUCUGCAGGGAAUUGAAAAGUACAGCAAAAGGACUAUCAAGGUAACCAAGCAACAUAAUGAAGAUUGUAAACGACUCUUAAGACUAAUGGGUGUGCCAACUAUUGAGGCACCCUGUGAAGCAGAAGCUCAAUGUGCAGCUCUUUGCAAAAGUGACAAGGCGUAUGCGGUUGCCUCAGAAGACAUGGAUUCUUUAACUUAUGGGGCGCCGAGGUUUCUUCGUCAGAUAAUGGAUCCUAGUUCCAAAAAAACCCCUGUGAUGGAAUUUGAAGUUUCAAAGGUCCUUGAAGAACUAGAACUCACUAUGGAUCAGUUCAUUGAUCUGUGCAUUCUCUCUGGAUGUGAUUAUUGUGAUAGCAUUAAAGGCAUUGGAGGACAAACAGCUUUGAAGUUCAUCCGUCAGCAUAGUUGCAUAGAGAAUAUCUUGGAGAACAUAAACAAAGAAAGAUAUCAAAUUCCUGAAGAAUGGCCUUAUCUAGAAGCUCGACGCUUGUUCAAAGAGCCUAAUGUGACCAUGGACGUUCCAGAACUAAAGUGGAUAGCUCCAGAUGAUGAGGGUCUUCGGAGCUUUCUGGUGCAUGAAAAUGGAUUCAAUAGUGACCGAGUUGCUAAGGCAAUAGAAAGAAUUAAAUUGGCCAAGAACAAAUCUUCCCAGGCCGUUUGGAGUCUUUUUUAAACCUGUUGUAAAUGCAUUCGCCCCCUCCAAAAGAAAGGAGAGUGCCUCCGAAAACUUGCAAAAGGAGAAUAGUGCCUCCGAAAGUGGUCAUUGGAGUCACUCUGAUCAUUUAGUAGCAAUUUAGAAAAAAGGACAAAAAGGGUACCUGUGAUGCUCCUUGUGAGUGAUAACUUUUUGGAUAAUUGUUAGUCAUAUGACCGCACUUCGAUGGUUGAGUGUGGUUUGAUGUAUUUUGUGUAGAUGAUCUCUGCUACGAUUAAAAUGAAAGUUUUGCUUGUAUUGGUCA